AUGAGUGGGAACCGUGAACUUUUUGACAGAUCUAUUCUUCAUCUGCUGCAGGAUAUUUUGGAGUUUAGGUUAAAAGUUUCAAACCACAAUGGAAAGAAAUAUUCACGAGAUCUUUCAAUUUUGAGGCAACUAGCAACCAAUAAAAUUGAUGUAGGAUCAACCACUAUUCUACUAACUUAUGAUCGAAUUGGAAUGGCAGAUUAUAGCAUUGGUGUGGACACAUUUAAACCACAACUUUUCUAUAAGGUCCAGUCACUUCGAGCUGCUCGUAACAUUUACUCUUUACCAUUUUCUCUGGAUGUGUGGGUCUCUCUGUUCUCACUACUUGUGGGUAUCACAUUUCUCCUUACUUUCAUAUUGGGUAGUGAAACAAGGCUACCUAUUGCACAGUUUAGCCUUAAUAUGUUGGAGCAACCAUCAUGGGACUUGAGUGAAGUAAUGCUUGUUACAAUUGGUGCUCUAAGUCAGCAAGGUGCAGAUAGGCAUCCUAAUACGAUGGCAGCUCGGAUUUUAUUCCUUGUAUUGUUUCUGCUGGCUGUCCUGAUGUAUACAGCAUAUUCAGCAAGUGUAAUCUCAAUCAUGUCAUCCACAAAACCUGUUUCAAAUUCACUGCAGGGUAUCCUUGAGAGCAGUUCCAAAAUGUCUGUUGCUCUUCAUGACAUCCAUUAUUAUCACACACAAUUCCAGAUUGAAAGAAAUCCACUAUCCCAAAAUUUACACAAACUAGAAUUGGUACCAGAAUUUCUCUCAUUAGAAGAGGGCUUAGAAGGAGCUUUAGAGGGGACUAUUGCUUUUUCAUGUGGUCAAGUUGAUGCCCAUACAUACCUACAAAACAGCCAACACUCAGAAGAAAGUCUGUGUGGUUUAGGCGAAAUUCCUGUUGUCAAUGGUGUUGGAUAUCAAAGAAGUUUUGCACUGAGACACAAUUCACCAUUAAGAAAAGCAUUUGAUAAAGGGUUGUUAAGAUUGAUGGAGCAUGGGUUAGUCAAGAGAGAAUGGCAUCGCUAUUUUGGCAAACGGCCAGCCAGUGAGCUGCACUGUGAAGAAGCUAGUUCCAGUACUGGAUUUGUGAGAAUCACACUAGAUGACGUAUGGCCUGCAGUGAAAAUGUUUGGUGUGGGUCUGACAAUUGCAAUACUGCUGCUACCCACUGAGCUACUAGUGAGGCAAUGUACCAGAUAUAUGCAAAGGAAAUCUGCUGAACAGUAUAUAGAAGAGGUCACUUCCAACGACUGGUCGUUUAGAAAUAAUGGAAGACGGUCCUCACACCAAGUGAAAACAUUCUGGAACAAGCUUAAUACUUUAAUGCCCACUACAAAAACUGAGUUGCCCUUUAUCCAUUGA